AUGUCAUACGAGCGCGAUCCAAUAGGCAUGGAUAUCUUCUCUCUUUCGGGCCAAACAGCCCUUGUCACGGGAGGAACACGAGGAAUCGGCAAGGCGAUGGCUCUUGCCAUGGCUGAAGCCGGUGCAGAUAUUAUCCUCGUCCAGAGAAACACCAACAACCAGGAAACAAAACUUGAGAUCGAAAACCACGGGCGCAAGGCAAAUAUCUACACCGCGGAUUUGUCUUCCCAAGAGUCUGUAUCCACUCUGGUCGCCAGGGUGUUGAAGGAUGGACAUAACAUUCAUAUUCUUUUGAAUUGCGCUGGAAUCCAGCGGAGACACCCCAGCCACAUAUUUCCCCUGGAGGAUUGGGAUGAGGUGUUGCAAGUCAACCUGACGACUGUAUUCACCCUGUGCCGGGAUGUUGGUGCCCACAUGUUGGAACGAGAGCCAGACAGGGCCGGCCAACGCGGUCGAAUCAUCAAUGUGGCAUCGCUUGUGUCUUUUCAGGGGGGGUUGACAGUUCCCGCGUAUGCAGCAGCCAAAGGAGGAAUUUCGCAGCUAACUAAAGCCUUGUCUAACGAGUGGGCGGCGCAAGGGAUCAAUGUCAACGCCAUCGCACCUGGGUACGUCGCGACCGAUAUGAACACUGCCUUAAUGGAGGAUGCGGAUCGUGCAUCUAGUAUUCUAGCUCGUAUCCCGGCUGGUCGAUGGGGAAAUCCCGAUGACUUCAAGGGGUCCGUCGUCUAUUUAGCCAGUCGGGCGAGUGCAUACGUGAGCGGAGAAGUGUUGACGGUUGACGGAGGCUGGAUGGGGCGGUAA